UAAAUGUCGUAAACACGUGAAGAGUCUUGUCGAUGAGUCAGUCCAGGCAAUACCCGGCCCGCUCUUUCCCGACUUCCAGGACAUCGAUAUGAGAACGAGCAAGGGAAAGGUAGAAGCAUCCUCUAGGACAACGAUAAGAGAAGGAAUUGGCGACACCUACGGUAGAAGAAUACAUGAGGCUCGUAAUGGAAGGUACUCUUUGGGGAGCUACUCUUCUUCCUUGCCAGGGCAUGUUAUUGUUUCUAGAGAUCAUAUCCAGUUUAUUAAGGGAAUGUUAGCAGUAGGACUAAACUUAAGGAUUGGGACACUAAAGGCCACAAAAAGGAAAGGAGUUGGGAGUUCAAGGCCGAGGCUUCUUCCCUCGAUCCGAUCUUUUGACCGACCGCUGGGCACACUAAAAAGAAAAAGCAGUUCGGUUCGCAGUUCCGCAGUUGAAGGUGCAAAGGAGUUCCUGAGAGCCUCAGGUCGAGGUUUUGAGUUAGUGCGUUCGUUGUUCCGCGUGUUCCGGGCGUUAGCCCUUCGCCAAAUAGCUAGGCUAAGGAGUUCAACUCGUCUAAUACGUACAAGUACACGGAAAGACUAUCCUUCGGUG